UUUUUUUUUUAAACCCUCCAACUACUUUAACACCGACUCGGCGGCAGAUGGUGGACACGGCGCGGGGCUGCGGCGGGGACAGCGAGGGGAUGCGCCAGCCGCGCUGCUUCCUCCACCUCCUCUUCCUCCUCCUCCUCCUUUAGCCCCACAGCCGCCCCAAAAGCCCCCGGCUCCUCUCCCCUCCCGGCUCCCCUUCUCGGCGCCCCCCAUGAGCCGCCCGGCUCCUCCGCCGCCUCGCCGGGCCGCCGCGCUCCUCCUGCCGGCCGCCCGCUGCCGCAGCGCCCCGGCCAAGCGCCUGCAGCCGCUCCCCGACGGCCCCGCCGAGGAGGCUCCGGCCUCCAAGUGGCCUCGCCUGGCCGAGUGCCCCGCAGGCCCCCCGGAUUGCCUCAGCGCCCCUUCUUCGCCCUGCGCCCCGUCCUCGCCCGCCGGAGGGGCGGCGGGGCCCAGCCUCAUCGCCUCCUACCUGCUGCUGCCGCUGGCCGAGCGGGAGCAGGUGUCGAGGGCGCUGAGCGUCAGCUCCGGCAGGGAGCUUCGCUGUAAGGUGUUCCCUCUCAAACACUACCAGGACAAGAUCCGGCCUUACAUCCAGCUGCCGUCGCACCGGAACAUCACCGGGGUGGUGGAAGUGAUCCUUGGGGACACCAAGGCCUAUGUCUUCUUCGAAAAGGACUUUGGGGACAUGCACUCCUAUGUGAGGAGCUGCAAGAGGCUGAGGGAAGAGGAGGCUGCCCGGCUCUUCAAGCAGAUUGUUUCGGCCGUAGCUCACUGCCACCAGUCGGCCAUUGUCCUCGGUGACCUCAAGCUCAGGAAAUUUGUCUUCUCCAAUGAAGAAAGGACUCAGCUGAGGCUGGAGAGCCUGGAGGACACACACAUCAUCAAAGGCGAAGACGACGCGCUCUCAGAUAAACACGGCUGUCCCGCCUACGUCAGCCCCGAGAUCCUCAACACGACGGGGACUUACUCGGGGAAGUCGGCCGAUGUGUGGAGUUUGGGAGUGAUGCUCUACACCCUGCUCGUGGGACGCUAUCCCUUCCAUGACUCGGACCCUAGUACUCUGUUUUCCAAAAUCCGCCGUGGACAGUUCUGUAUUCCUGACCACGUCUCCCCCAAAGCCCGAUGCCUCAUCCGCAGCCUUCUGAGGCGGGAGCCCUCCGAAAGACUCACAGCUCCGGAGAUCUUGCUUCAUCCUUGGUUCGAGGCGGUCUUGGAGCCUGGAUAUACAGACCAGGAGACGGGAACUUCUGAUCAGAUUGUUCCAGAAUACCAUGGAGACAGUGACGAUAUUAGUUCCUUCUUCUGCUAAUCAGAAAUCUCAAGAACCUCGCUGUUCUCACCUCUGGCAUCUCCGUAGGGUUUCAUUAUUUUAUUGUUUUUCCACGUUACAAAGUCACAGCAUCUUAAAGUGCCAGUAUGAUCAGAAAAGUGACCUUGUUUAAAAUAAACGUCAGCCCGUCGAUCUCCGCUCCCUGAGUGUGUGCUCAGAGGCUCACCCGCCUGCUUGCUCUGCCGGUGGGCUCGUCCCGCUGGCCCCGGAGGACCCGUGCAGCUUCACGAGAGCCUCCUGGCUCUUCUCCUGCCUCCUGUGCCCUCCACCACUGUCACCGGCUGCGUUUUGGUUGCAGAGUCUUAUUUCUGGCGACGUGAGAGACUCGAAGCCAGCCUUUGGCUUUCCCCUCCUGCCGCAGUGGCUCGGGGAUGUGGACAGUGAUGUGCAGGGGGUGGGGAGGCACAGGACAUGUCUCUAACUGAGCAAAUCUGACAAAAAAUGUUUCAUGUGGGGAGAGGAAAAAAAAAAAGGCGGAGGGGGAAUGACUUGGCAUCUUGCAAAGUAGUUUUCUGACUGUAAGUGCACUUUAGUGAGGGAAGGUCUCCACCAGCCACAUCCAGCUACCUGCUUGUUGCCCCAGCUGGUUGGUUUUCCAUGGGGACGAAGCUGUUAGAUCCUCCUGUGAGGCAAAUCACUGCUGCGAUCACUACUGUGACCCUUUCUGACGCAGAGCAUAGCUGAUCUCCCAGCUGGAUCCCCUCUGAUGCCAUUUGCUGAACACAAAAUGAUUUUAAAUAGCCUUCAGCCUCAAGUUACCAUGGCGUGUCCUGUACGACUUCGUGCCCUCAGUGAGCUGGUCAUGUAGCAGGUCUCGUUAGCUCCCAGUGCCAAAACGUAUCCGUUUACCAAAACGUAACACUAUCGGGUGGGGCACCUUCCCUUGGGCAGCGAUAAGGGGUAUCUUGUACAGUAUAUGUAAACACGUUCGUGUCUUCCUACAGGCUCAAUUCUUAGGAACAGCACAUCCCCUCUCCUUCCCCCCUUGCCCCCAGAAAGUUAGUCUUAAGAAUAAAAUCUCCGUACACGCUUAAGUUGAUUAUUCAGGUAUGUUGUUGGCCUCUGGCUAUGUAUUUCCCCCUCCCCCCCUUAAAUUUUUUGUUUUGUUUUGCAUGAUUAUUCAUAGUCUUUCCAAUGUGCGUGGAUAA